AUGACUACAAAUCAACAAGAAUAUGCUGAACAAUUACGCGUUCUUCAAGAACGUUUUCCACAAGAACCAAAUGAUAAAUUAGUUCGUCUUUUACAACGACAUGGUGGUGAUGUUGAUCAGGUUCGUGCACUUCUCGUUCAUCGAGAACAUCGUGCCAAUAAAUGGGAUACACUUGAAACACGAUUUGGUACGAUAGUAACAGCAUUACAACAAGAAUUUCCAUCAACUCAACGAUCUAAACGUAUACGUUUAUUGAAAACUAUGGAAGUUUUUGGUGGUGAUGUUGAACAAGUUCGAAAAUUUUUACAACGAACUGAAGAACGACAUCAACAAGAAGGUGAUAAUUCAGGCAUAUCUCGACGUCAAAAACGAGAAGAAUUAAAAACAAAAUAUGCUACACAAUUAGCUGAAUUAACUACUGCUGGUAUUAAUGUUGAUUCUCCAUGUGUACUUCGACAAUUGGAAAAAAAUCAAGGUGAUGUUAAUAAGAUCAUUGAAAAAAUGUCACGACGUAAAGAAAAAAAAGAUAAAUUAGCUGAACUUGAUACAAAAUAUGCAAAUCAAAUUGCACAACUUGAAGCUGAUGGUGUUGUAAUGAAAAAUAAACGUGUUUUAAUACGUUUAUUAGAAAAAGCUGAUGGAAAAAUUGAUGUUGUUAAACAACUUUUAAAUGAAAGAAAAGAAAAACAUGAACAAAGAAAAGAAUAUCAACAUAAACAUCGAAAUAAUUCACCAGGUAAAACAACAGAAGAAACGAAUCAAACACUUCCUAUAUGGAAAAAACGACGUGAAUUAAGUGUUGAUGAUAUUAAUAAUCUUAAACGACUUCGUUCAGCUGGUGUACGUGGAAAUCCAAUGAAAAUAUUAUCAAUCUUUCAGGAAUGUAAUCAAUCAAUUGAAAUGACUGUUGCUCGAGCUGCAGAAGAACGAGAACGACGUAAUCGAAGUCGAGAAGAACGAAAAUUAAAACGUACAUUAUUAGCUGAAGCUCAAAAUGCGUAUAUAACAAUAAAUAAUCGAGAUGAUUGGCCACAUUAUAUCGAAAAAGUUUAUUUAGAUGGAAAUAAUAUGAUGUUUGUUGUUGAUAGUCUUCGUCGUUUAUGUUUAAAUCGAGCGGGUAAAAAAACUGAACGUGCUUUAGGAGAAAUAGCUUCAGCAUGGAAUGAACAAAUGCAUAUACCAUAUGUUGAACUUAUAUUUGAUUCAACACAUCAAUUAGAUCAAAUUGGUACAGUUAAAGUUUCAAGUGCUCAACCAAAAUAUCGAACAACUGAUGAUAUGUUAGUUGAAAUAGCACGACAAUCUGACCAUCGUGAAAAAAACAAACGUACAAUUAUUGUGACAUCUGACCGAGCAUUAGCAACACUUUUACAACGCGAAGGAUGUUUACUUAUUAAGCCAUAUAAUUGGUUUGCUCAUUGUGUCAUGACAUUAACACCUGACUUGAUUAAUUAUGAAGAAUUAACGGGGAUGAUGACAAAACAAUCAACAUCAACAACAGUUAAAAUUCGGUAUAAUUUUGAUGAACUUGUUCAUCGUAUUGCUAAGAUUGAUAUAUAA